CUUGCAAUGUGCCUCUUCCUUCUCCUUGUUCCUCACUCCUCUUCACCAAAGUUUGAAUCUUGAAUCCUCUAACUAACAAUUUAUUUUCCCCAGUUUGAUUUUUCGUUCCAUUCUUUUGCAUGGCGUACAAAGUGGAUCAUGAAUACGACUACCUCUUCAAGAUCGUGUUGAUCGGGGACUCCGGGGUUGGCAAGUCUAACAUCCUUUCCAGGUUUACGCGAAACGAGUUCUGCUUGGAAUCCAAGUCUACCAUUGGGGUUGAAUUCGCAACCAGAACAUUGCAGGUGGAGGGAAAGACAGUAAAGGCACAAAUAUGGGACACUGCAGGGCAAGAGAGGUACAGAGCAAUCACGAGUGCCUACUAUAGAGGGGCUGUUGGUGCCUUGUUGGUGUACGACAUAACCAAGAGACAAACAUUUGACAAUGUGCAGAGGUGGCUCCGUGAACUAAGGGACCAUGCAGACUCCAACAUUGUUAUCAUGAUGGCUGGAAACAAAUCUGACCUGAAUCAUCUGAGAGCAGUCCCUACUGAUGAUGCUCAAGGUUUGGCCGAGAAGGAAGGUUUGUCCUUUCUAGAAACUUCAGCAUUGGAGGCAUCCAAUGUGGAGAAGGCAUUCCAAACCAUUUUGUUUGAUAUAUAUCAUAUCAUGAGUAAAAAGGCACUGGCGGCACAACAGGCCAAUGCCUCUUCUGGACUUCCCCAAGGAACCACCAUAAACGUCUCCAAUAUGCAAGGUAACACCGCCGCCAGAAGUUGUUGCUCUAACUAGUAAUGUAGAAGAAGAGAGGGAAAAGUAAGGGUUUUCAAAAAAAUGUUAUUCAAAAACACAUGAGGAAUGAAUAGUUGCUGGUUAAAUGCUACCUUUUGUCAGGUUUGUUUUUGAUUCUGUGUAAGAUGUGGGAGGAGGAUGAUCUAUAGUCUUCAACAAUCUCGAUUGAAAAUGAAUGUGACGUUUUAACAAUUCAUGUUCUUUGCUUUGGCGUUUACUGGUUCU